UAUGAAAAGUCUAUAUUUUUUACACAGGGUAUCCAUAGUAAGAUCAUAGGAAGUAUGUUUUGAUCUGUUGUGACUUCACCCUGAAGGGAACAGCUGAACAGACUCACACCUAGUUCCUGCUUUGAUAACUGAGUAUUUAAAGUAGUUGAUAGGAAAUGUUCAAAUACUAGAAUACAUUAUGCCUACCAGUUAGUGGCAAUGCAUAGAUAGUUGGGUUAGGGCUCAAAAUAUAUUAAUUCUUAUAACAGCUGGCUGGCUAAAACAGUAAAGGCAGUAGGUUAAAGAAAGUAGAAAAAGCAGGGAUAUAAUUACUGUAAAAGAACUGUUGACCAAUCAAGACUUUAGAAAAUCCCAUUAAAAAGUUUUUUAAAUUAAAUUUAGCAUUCUACAUUUUUGUGUAUAUUUAAUAUUUUCCACUGGGUGUGCUUAGUUUAAUUGUUUUACACAUAAGUCCCUCAAAGUUAUGAAUCAUGUCUUUCUAAUCACUGAAUGUGAGUUAUAGAAAUAAAUGACACAGUUUCACUCAUUUUAUUUGACAGCAUUUUUUUUCAUUGGACUGUAAAACUUUUAAAAGGUAAGAUAAAGAUUUAUCUCCAGUUUAAGAUGAUAACUUAUUUGAACAAUUUUUUCCUUGUCACCUGAAUACAGCAAUCCUCUUCUUCUCCAGGUGAUACUGACGAGCAUUCUUAAGCGUCCUCAUCUGAAUUGUCUCAGCUGCUUCUACUUGACAAACUAGAAAUUGCUUGUUUUAUAUCAGUUUUCUUGUGAAAUGAAGAUUUCAGAAAGUAAUGUGAUUCGAUUUCAUCUUCAAGUUCUUUAUGGGAUUUCUGUAAAGAAGUUUAAGAGAAAUAAAGGGAGAUGGAUAAACAGUGGAGCAAAGGUGUUCGGGGUUCCUUUGGAUAAUUUGGCCAGACGAUACAUUCCAGAAUAUGGACUCGUACCUUGUUUCUUAGUGGAUGCUUGCUCUCUUUUGUUGGACCGCAUUGGCACUGUGGGCCUGUUCAGAAAACCAGGCUCUCUUACUCGCAUCAAGGUCCUUAGAGCUAAGCUGAAUCGUGGGGAGGAGUCUCUGUCCACGGCUCUCCCCUAUGAUGUCGCCACCCUUGUGAAACAGUUUUGCAGGGAGCUUCCUGAGCCACUGUUUCCCCUUGAGCUGCAUGAUGCCCUGCUGAACGCCCAGACACUGCCUGACCCAAAGGAAAGGAUGGCAGCACUCCAGCUACUCUCCUGUCUGCUUCCAGCCAGAAACUUCUCCUGUCUGCUCUAUCUGUUCGACUUCCUUCAUAAAGUUGCUCAGAGAUGCUCUGACAACUUGAUGACCAGCUCUAAUCUGGCCACAGUUUUCCUUCCCUGUCUCUUACCGCCUCCAAACAAGGUGGAAAUGUCUGAAGGACGACUUGAACUUAGAGUUCUUGUCCUGCGUACUUUUGUGGAGCAUCCUCAUAUAUUUGGUAACAGAAUAAUUCACUUAUGUAGGAUUUCCUUAAGAGACGUCUCUCCUCACUUUGUUUUAUACAAAUUCCAUUUAGGCGUGAUUCCGAAACACGUUAUAGAUGGCAUGGAUUUUUUAAUGAAUAUCCAUCCUCUAAAGGAUGCGUUCAAGAAGAAGGGAAAUGGAAAGAGACACAGCUUAAAAGCACCCAUGAAGACUUCUUCCUGGAGUCAGAGUAAACCAAAGGUAAGGCCUGCAGCCUCUCUUCAGACUCAAAGCUCCACAUCAGGUGAUGGACCCAAGCUUAGAAGAAGCCUUGGCCUGAUGUCCUUCCCCAAUAUUCAGCCGUUUAGGAUUUGCAUGCCUAUUGCAGAUCCAGGUUUCAGACCUGCAGCUGCACUGGCAGGUUCCAAAAAUGCGCACAAGAUUUCUGUGCUCAGUGCCAUGGAUAGACUUCAAUUCACAAACUGGAGGAGGCGUUCUUUACCAUGAUCUUUGAAAUGUUACUGUAUGUUCCAUGUCAAUUUCUGAAUACUGUU